AUGUUUUUAUUAAAUCUCUAUUUGAUUAUUUCAAUUUUAAUCUCGAUAGGUUUUAAGUGGUUAUUUCCUGAAUUUUUAAUUCAUAAUAGAAGAAAGAAGACUAAAAUAUUAUUCCCAAUCAGUAAAAAAUAUUUUAUUUUAUUCUAUUUAAUUGGUUCAUUAGUAUCUUUUAAAUCAUUCUUUUGUUUAUACACACUAAGAAGAUUAUUUGAAACAUUAUUAUACUUUGACAAAAUUAGAUCUUCUUGUAAUAUUUUUCAUUUAAUUCAUGGCGUUAUUUAUUAUUUUUUAUUAGGAAUAUACUUUUCUUACAAUAAUAACUAUAAUAACCAAUUAUUCAUUUAUCUAAACAUUCUUCAAGGUAUUUCUCACUAUUUAAUAUACUAUAAACAAUGUUAUAAUUAUUCUCAUUACUUAAUAGAAUUCCUAAUAUAUAUUAAUUUUUUCAUUUUAAACCAAACAAUAACAACUUUCUUACUUUUAAUUAACGUUAUUUGUUUCAUUUGUUUAUCAAUAAAUUAA